UUUUAGCUAUAUCAAUACUUAAUAUUUAAGAAUGGCUUUCUCUUCUACUAUUAUUGUGAAAUCUUUGCUUAUUUUGUUGUUUAUAGGAGUUUCUUCAGCUCAACUUUCAACUAAUUUUUACUCUAAAUCUUGUCCAAAUGUUCUUCAAGUUGUGAGGUCAGCUGUUCAAUCGGCUAUUUCAAGAGAAACCCGAAUGGGUGCUUCUCUCCUUCGCUUGCAUUUCCACGACUGCUUUGUUAAUGGAUGUGAUGGUUCAAUUCUUCUCGAUGAUACAUCCUCAUUCACCGGUGAAAAGAGGGCAGCUCCUAACUUUAGAUCGGCCCGUGGGUUUGAAGUCGUGGACAAUAUAAAGUCGGCUGUUGAAAGAGCAUGCCCCGGUGUGGUCUCGUGUGCUGAUAUUCUAGCUAUUAGUGCUAGAGACUCUGUCCAAAUCCUUGGAGGACCAAGUUGGAAUGUGAAAUUGGGAAGACGCGACUCAAGGACCGCGAGCCAGGCUGCAGCCAACAACAGUAUUCCUCCACCUACAUCAAAUCUAAAUGCACUUAUCUCUUCCUUUAGCGCGGUUGGUCUUUCCGCUAAAGACAUGGUGGCUCUCUCAGGAUCACACACAAUUGGGCUAGCAAGGUGCACAAGUUUCCGAGCCCGAAUUUACAACGAAACCAACAAUUUAGACGCUUCAUUCGCUACCUCAAGGAGAAGCAACUGCCCAAGAGCAACUGGCUCAGGAGACGACAACUUGGCACCACUCGAUAUCCAAUCUCCAACCUCCUUUAACAACGACUAUUACAAGAACUUAAUCAACCAAAAAGGGUUGCUUCACUCUGAUCAACAGCUCUUCAACGGUGGCUCAGCGGAUUCUACUGUUAGACAAUAUAGCAGCAACCCGCGUCUGUUUAGCUCUGAUUUUGCUGCUGCCAUGAUUAAGAUGGGUGAUAAUAAGCCCUUAACUGGAUCAAGUGGAGAGAUUAGGAAGAAUUGCAGGAGACCCAAUUAAUUAAAAAGUUCAAUCUAGAAUAUUAAAUGGUGUGCUUUUCAUAAAUGAUUUGAUGAUGAUUUCAGGAUUUGAGAGAUUUUACAUAUGUUCAAGUGUUUGAAGUGUUCUUUAUUUUGUACUUUUUGAUUUUGAUUUUGUCAUAAAACCCAAAAUUAUGUACUUUUUUACUUGCUCUGAAAUUAGUAUUAUACAUAACUUUUUGGAGUGA